AUGGCAGCAGAGCCCCCACUCCAGCGCCUCGGCUUUCGCGAUAAACGAGGCCCCGUCCUCGAGCGCGACGGCCUCGCCGUAGAUCGGGGCGGCCGUCAGGGCCGAGCUCAGGAGUUUGCCGUCCGCCCCGAACGCGGGCAUCUCCGUCCCGGCCGGCAAACACUCCACCGGGGUGGAAUGGGGGGAGUAAUUCGCGAGGACGACUUGGACCUUCGCCAGGAGGGCCUCGAGGGGCGGGUGGGGCUUGGCGAAGUCGCGGGCGCGCGCGAAGGCGGGGUUGAGAAGCCGCGGAAAGCGGUAAACCUUCACCGCCAUCAGCGCCGCGAGUAG